AUGGAUUUCGAGGAAUAUCAACAAGCCCCAGUGACCAAAGGACGUGGAGGGCGCAAAGUUUCUGCCCUGGACGAUGACAUCAGCAGCGAUUCGGACGAUUCCGACAACAUGAUGCCCCGAAAGAAGAAGCCGCGUCAGCAAAAAGAACGACGAUCGGCCGGGUCAAUUAUUGGUGAAGCGAUGUCAAAGUUGGUCGAGGUCGAAAACGCUAAACUGGAUCAAGUGAAGAAAAGUAGUACCGAUCCACACGAGCGUAUAGCUGCCGCCAUUCAUUGCCUCAUGGAAAACUACGGCCAUAUGGAUGGUCACGCGGGAAUGCGCGCGAUGCCUGGGUAG